UUUCUGAUGGAGUACAAAUUAAAAAUACAUGUGUUGUUAGUGGUUUUGCCUUUGAAUGACACAUUAUUUCUGCGUAAAAUAGGUUUUAAUUUGUAAAAAAUGGGUAAAAACCGAAAUAAGACUUCUGAAAAAAAGAAGAAAAUUAGUGUUGUCUUCGAUGAGGGCAAAAGAAAGGACUUUUUGUGUGGUUUUCGUAAAAGGAAAUUAGAACGCAAAAAGAAAGCCCAAGAAGAAAUACAGCGUUUACUAAAAGAAGAAAUAAAAAGAAUUAAGCAAGAGAAUAAAGAAUCAUAUAAGAAACUUGUUGUAUCUUCACGGCCAAUUCCUGAUUUAGAGCAAAUACUUCAAGAAGAGUAUGAAGAUGACGAUGUUAAUGUUAAAAUUGUGGAACUUUCAUCAGAUACACUACAAAAGAAAGAUAUUGUUAUUGGUGAAAAUAGGCCAAGAGUUAAAAAAGAAAAAGAUGUAAAUGUUAACAAGGAAAAAAAUACUCUUAAUAAAGUUCCAGGUAUGGGGUCAGACGUGGAAAAUGAAUCUGUGGAAUCAGAAGAUGAGAAAGAAUUAAAAACAAAGAAAGAAGUUAAACAACUACUAAAGAAACAAGCUACAAAAAAAUUGCAGAAGAGCAAAGUUUUUCAAAUGAAAAAUAAACUAGACAGGGUACAAAAUAAGAAGUCUCAAAAGAAAAAAGCAAAGAAUGAACAAAGAAAGGAUAAAUCAAAAAAGAAAAAUCAUAGGAAAAAACAUUAAAUUUAUUUAUAAAGG